CGGGGAUUUUACUCGCCUCGCUACGAACACCGGAUCACUGAGAGAAACACCUAGAGCGUGUAUGCUGCAUAUUUAGAUGCGGGAGGGAGUUACGGCUCUGCUUGUCUUCCGUUCUGAAGCAGAGUUUCGAGACAGACAGCAGAGUCGAGCAGACACCUCCGAGGAAGAAAGUGUAGGGUAAAUCGCGCGCCUCAGCCCCGACGAGAACUGCGCGUUUUUCCCUCGACGAGGGCCGUGCUGGCUGCGGAACUUGUCGCGGCGGCUGCGUUGCUUCGCCUGCCCCGGGAGAAGGCUUUGUGGCGGAAUUCGACCUUUCCUGCGAUGAACUCUUUUUCCUUUCUUCUUGCGUCCCAGAGAAAGGAACGAAACCCGGAAGAAACAGGAAAGACACUGACUUGUGAGCCACAUCUCCGAGAGUUUUCCGCCGUCGCCUUUCGAGCCGCAUGCGCGCCUGAAUAUGAAGUGUGCAUGUCUCGUGUGUCUCCGCGAUGACAGAGUGCUCCAGUCUUCUUUGAAGACGGAACAAAAGAAGAAACGGCUCGUCGGUUUCACGAGAUUUUCCGUCUUGCUUGACAGCAAAGGAGCAAAGGCUCCGGGAAACGCUCGCGAGGCGUCACGUUUUCUUUCACCGCGUCUCCAUCUAGAGUCGGAGUGUCUUUCUGCCUCGCUCUGUUGUCGCCUGCCAAUCAACGUUUUUUCCUUCUCGUCUGCCAUCGCUUUCCAGUUUUUUCUCUCUCUGGCGACUGAGGCUGCUUCGCGUUUCGCGGCGAAGAGAAGAAGGAAGGAGAACGCCCUGGACACCAUGUCUUCGUAAAAGCAGGAGAGCGAGGAUCACCGAAGAUCCUUCUGGGCGUCGUCGCGCGAAAUCGCCGUACAGACGUACAGGUAAAAAGAUGUCGCCAUCUUAUUCAAGAUCCCGACAGAUCAACUACUGCAGCAAGGUGAGUCAUCGAAAGAUGUAUCGCCUUUUGUCACCUCUGUUUUCCACCUCUCUCGUUCUUCUCGCUUCUCUUCUCUGGCCUCCAGCCUGUGCUGGCCUCAGUCUUCCCUCGAAGACCCUUCGCUCUCGCCUUCAGUUGAGAAACGUCGCAGCUCCAUCCGAACCUGUGUCUUCCUCUUGUCUCUUUUCUUCGCGCCACCGUCCCUCGCCGCCGUCUCUCUCCACGCUUGGCCUCUCGCUCGCCGCCUCGCUGCGUCGCUCGCCUGUCUCUGCGGUGUCACACCUCAGAGGCCGAGAGGAAGUCUUCUUGCGUGCUUUCACCAGUCUCCAGUGGCCCGCGGCUCGCUCUCUCUCGGACCGGGUGCGAGACAGAAGCGACGAAGAGAGCAGAAGAGAUCGGCGUCUGCUCUUCCUACCGUCGCGACUGGUCUCUCGGACGCCUCUGUACUGGAGAGGCAAAGACCGAGACGAAGACGGAGAGGAAAAUGGGCGGAAAGAUGGAGAAAAAUGUGCACGGUCGUGGGCAGCAAGGCCUGUGUGGGCAGCCAGGACCGAGUGGGGAAGACGAAGGAGGCCGCUGGCGGGGACGGGGAAAGACAGUGUAUUCGCUGGAGGAAACACAGAACGACGCAUGGCGCGCGACUCCAGUGGAGAGACACAGACACCCUUCGACCUCCUGAGAGGGCCGCUUCCACAAGCUGACGCAAUCUCUCCUGCGUCGCCUCUGCCGUUCUUUUCUCGAGAGAAGGCUUCUUUUCUCCACACCCUGAGAGCGGUUCCGUACCCAGCACGCAUGCUUCCUUCCUCCACUACAGCUUCACCUGCCUUCCCGUCUUCCUCUUCUUCCUCUUCUUCGUUACCUUCCCUCUUGUCGCCCUCCUCGUCUCCGUCCUCGUCUCCUUCCUCUUCUCCCCCGUCUUCGUCGUCUUCUUCCGAGUAUGUCUCGCGUUUGUCCAAGGCGUCGUGUCUCGUCCGGGAGCUUUCGUUGUCUCCCUUUCCUCCGACGUCUUGGCUUUUGUCGCUCUUCCCGGCGGUGCUGUCCUCUCCCUCUGUGCUUCACGAGAAAUUCCGGGACCUCCCGGCAGGUGAGGCUGCUGCGCCGGACCUCGUCGCAGUCGCAGGCCGCAUUCAGAGCAUUCGCAACGGAGGCAUGUUCAUCGACCUUUUCAGUCCUUCCGACGAAUCCAAGCUUCAGCUAUUUGUUUCGCUCAGUGCUGCGGCGCCUUCCGCUUUUCGGCAUUCGCUCGCAGACUCGGCUGACCAUGCGCCUGCGCAAGGCCUGUCUCCGUCUGCCUCCGCCCUCAGCGGCGACCUGGCGAGACUGGGAUCGCCGACAUCCUCCCUUCCUCACACACUCCCUGCCGUCGCCAUUCUUCCCUUCCUGGACUUGGGCGACUUUCUUCUUGCUCGCGGUCACAUUCGACGGACGCAGAGAAACGAACUCACCCUCGACGUCGCGCGCGUAGGCGGUCUCCACCUCGUCGCGAAGCGCCUGUUGCCUCUCGACCUCUCCCUCUCUCUCUCCCUCUCUCUCUCCCGCUCUCUCGCCUUGCCGCGAGUCUCUCCGGGAUCGAAGUCGCCUUCCGCGGUCUCUUUCUCGGAGGGUCGGCGGGCAGGCAGACGCGGGAGAGCGCCGCCUCUCGACACUGGCGCGGCUGUUCUCUCGGCCACAGACGUUCUCCAAGGAGGUGAGCUUCGUCCGGCGUCUCUGCGCGCUGCCGCGGCGCGCGCUCACGCGGCUCCGUUCUCGGCGGCUGCAGGGUCGGCCUGGGCCGACGGGCCGGCCAGCGUCUCUGCGGCGCUUCGUUCGCUGCCUUCUCCCCAACGAGAUGCUCAGAUUCUUUGCUCGGGGCGGCUCCGAGAGAUCCUUCGACUUCGUUCGUUUAUUAUUCAAACCGUGAGAGAAAAACUCUUGUCGGAAGCCUUUCUCGAAGUCGACACUGCAGUGCUGCACGGCGCGCCUCACGCCAGGGCCUCCAACGAGAAGGAGGCGAAAGCCGAGAACGCAGAGCAGGAAGAGAAGGCGUCCGGACGCGCAGGCGAGGAAGACGGUUUCGACGGUUCUGGACAUCCCUUGCAGACACAGCAGACUUCUACAGGGCAGAAAUGGAAAGAGAAGCGAGAGGAUCAGACUGUUGAAGGCCGACGCGAGAAUGAAGAAGAGAAAGACACACCGACCGCCCGGCUCUUUGAGUCUCACCUACAUGCGCUGGACCUGCCAGUACACCUGAGGAUCGCCCCGGAACUUGCACUGAAGCGUCUGGUUGUCAGUGGCGUCUCUGACAAGGUCUUCGAGAUUGGGCGCUGCUUCCGAAACGAGGGCAUCUCGUGGAGACACCAACCCGAAUUUCUGUCUAUGGAGGCCUACGCGACGUUUUGGACGUACGAAGACAUGAUGACGUUGACAGAAGAAAUCGUUCGACUCUGUGCGUGUCGCAUCGCUUCGCUGCGGACCCAAGCGUCACGCGCCGCAGAGUCACGAGCUCUCCCGCCGUCUUCGCCGGUUUCUUCUCCCUCGUCAUCUCGCUUUUCGUUCCUGAGCUCUCUGUUAUCGUACACUCCGUGGGGAAGAAGCAAGGCUGCCGAGGCUGAUGUCAGGGGUCCACGCACAGCCGGCGACGCUUCGAAAACUCGAGAGGGAGUCGACGACAGAGAAAGCCGCAUUUCUUGGCAGGGACAUGAAAUCAAUUUGUCGGGUCCUUGGAGAAGAAUGACGAUGGUCGAGGCCCUCCACGAGUACACUGGAAUCCAUUUCGAACGUCUUUCGCACCAAGAGGCCCUUUUGGAAGUCGAGCGGCGUCUGCAGGAGUGCCCAGAGAAAGAAGGACAGGAACACCGUUCUUCGAUCUCUCCCUCGCCUCUGUCUCUUGACGGGAAGGGUGAGGACAAGAGAAAAGUGACCAGGGCAAAGCAGAGUUGCGGUAAGGCGUUGCCUCCAGCGUGUUUGACGUCUGUCGAGGAACUCAUGGAUUUCACUUUCAAGGAGUGGGUGGAGAGUCGACUCACACAGCCGACGCACAUCAUCCACACUCCUCUCGCUCUCUCACCUCUCGCUGCCGAAAAGUUGCCCGAGGAAGGCAAGUUUCCGGUGGCAGAGAGAUUUGAGACUUAUAUCGCAGGCAUGGAACUGGCAGAUGGAUACUCGGAACUGACGGACCCUCUUGAGCAACUAAGGCGUUUUCACUCCCAACAACGAAUCGCAAAGGGCACCGACACCCCCGCGACGGGUCCUGGGAGAACGACGCCAGAGACGCUCGAGGCAAACAACCAAGCGGAGGCGAGAAGCCAAGAGGAAGCGAAAGCCGAUGGAGCUGUUCCAAAUCAGGAAUUUGUCUCGGCACUCAUGCUCGGACUCCCCCCGACUGCUGGACUGGGAAUCGGUCUCGACCGCUUGGUGAUGCUGCUGACGGAUUCGGCUUUUAUUCGGGACGUCGUUCAUAUGCCGCUACGGAAAAGCGUGCUCUAAGAGCGAACACCUGCCUCGCGAGCAGAGGACGCCUCUUGCUGGUCCCGGCCCUCCGUUGUUUUUCGCAGAUCUCGUUGUAGAGAUUACAGACGAUCUAGGAGUCGCUGUAGAGAACAUGCGCGUGUAGGCGCGUGUCUAGGUCCUGUUUGCUUCUACAGCUCCCAUGCUGAUGUGAACAUCUGCAUCCGGUGUCUAGGGCAUUUGCGCGGUCGGCAAGUUCCACGGCAGGUGUAAGAUUUAGUAAGAGGUGUAGACCGCCGCUGCAUCAAAAGCAGAGACUGAAUCGAGGACAAACUCGGUUCUUUGUCAAUUCCAGUGGUUUCGCUGAAAACGUCACCUUUUUGUGGAGGGCAAAAACGCUGCGGUGUCCCACUUACCUACCUCGAGACCGGAAGAUCGUCUCGAGCUACUAUAUGGCUGAAGGAGUGUACGGGCAUUAGAGCCAACUUCUCUGCUCCGUCUGCUAGGCAAUGGCUUAUCCGUUAACAUAUUAGCUUUCUUGUCAAGAGGGAAAAUGGGUGCCCGUACCAACACAGGGGGCAGGAGGCGCUCUUCUAGAUUGAUAUAGUUCUUGAGUGCGACAGAGCAGGAGCAUCGAACGAUGCAAGCCACCACACCUGGUUACGUUCACAUAUCCCUCGACUUGGUGAAAUCACGCUGCAAAAAAAACGAAAAACUGUUCCUUCAUUGCAGACUCGUCUUCAAAGACUCUCCUCGUG